UCGACGCGGAACAGAGCGGAGCCAGCGGCACUUCCCCGGCCGGGCCAUGCUGUAACGGGGCCGGGAGCGGGGCAGCGGCCAUCCCCCAACCCCGCUGCCCGGAGAGCGGCCGGGACGGGAGCAUGCGGAUCCUCUUCCUCUGCCUUCUGAGUCUCGCUGAUAGCCGCGGGCAAGUGGCACAGACACGGUUUGUGGAGGAGCCAGAGGAUCAGACGGUGGUGGCCGGGCAGAGGAUCGUCCUGUCCUGUGUCGUGCUCAACUACUCUGGGAUUGUGCAAUGGACCAAAGAUGGCCUGGCCCUGGGCAUGGGGCAGGGGCUCAAAGCCUGGCCACGCUACCGCAUCGUGGGCACAGCAGACUCUGGGCAGUACAACCUGGAGAUCAGCGGGGCCGAGCUCUCCGAUGACGCCGUCUACGAGUGUCAGGCCACCGAGGCUGCGCUGCGCUCCCGCCGGGCCAAGCUCACCGUGCUGAUCCCACCUGAGGACCCCACCAUCGAUGGAGCCCCUGAGAUCCUGCUGAGGGCUGGCACUCCCUACAACCUGACGUGCCGGGCACGCAGCGCCAAACCAGCCGCCAGCAUCGUGUGGUACCGCGACGGGCUGCAGCAGGACGGAGCCGUCACCAGCACGGAGGUGUUGGCUGAUGGCAAAAGGGAGACCACCAUUAGCCUGUUGGCCAUCAACCCAAGCGACGUGGACAUCGGGAGGGUGUUCUCGUGCCGCUGCACCAACGAUGCCAUCCCAGCAGGCAAAGAGACCUUUGUCAAGCUCAAUGUUCACCAUCCCCCGACUGUCACCCUGUCCAUCCAGCCCCAGACAGUGCAGGAGGGUGAGAGGGUCGUGUUCACCUGCAUGGCAACUGCCAACCCCGAGAUCAAAGGCUACAGGUGGGCUAAAGGGGGAGUGAUCAUCGAGGAUGCCAAGGAGAACAAGUACGACACGCAGGUGGAUUACACCUUCUUCACAGAGCCCGUCUCGUGUGAGGUGCACAACGACAUCGGCAGCACCAACGUCAGCACGCUGGUGGACGUGCACUUUGCUCCUCGCAUCGUGGUGGAUCCCAAACCCACCAUCACUGACAUCGGAUCCGACGUGACGCUGACGUGCGUGUGGUCAGGUAACCCACCGCUCACCCUCACCUGGACCAAGAAGGAGUCCAACAUGGUCCUGAGCAACAGCAACCAGCUGUACCUGAAGUCUGUGACACAAGAUGACGCGGGGCAGUACGUGUGCAAAGCCAUCGUGCCACGGAUCGGUGUGGGAGAGCGUGAGGUCACCCUCUUCGUCAAUGGACCCCCCAUCAUCUCCAGCCAGCCCCUGCAGUAUGCGGUGCGCGGCGACCGUGGCAAGGUCGAGUGUUUCAUCGGCAGCACCCCACCCCCAGACCGUAUCGCUUGGGCCUGGAAGGAGAACAUUUUGGAGGCAGGGACGUUGGAGAGGUACACGGUAGAGCGGACGAACACGGGCAGCGGGGUCCUCUCCACCCUCACCAUCAACAAUGUCAUGGACGCCGACUUCCAGACCCGUUACAACUGCACAGCCUGGAACAGCUUUGGGCCAGGAACUGCCAUCAUCCAGCUGGAGGAGAAAGCUAACAUCUCCCCAUCUCCUGUAGAGGUCUUGCCUGUGGGCAUCAUCGCUGGGGCCACCAUUGGGGCCAGUAUCCUCCUCAUCAGCUUCCUCGUGGCACUCGCCUGCUUCCUCUACCGGCGGCGGAAAGGAAGCCGCAAGGAUGUCACCCUGCGCAAGCUGGACAUCAAGGUGGAGACGGUGAACAGGGAGCCCCUGACACUGCACACAGACCGUGAGGAGGACACAGCUAGCGUGUCCACAGCCACCCGUGUCAUGAAGGCUAUCUACUCGUCAUUCAAGGAUGACGUGGACUUGAAGCAGGACCUGCGCUGUGACACCAUUGACACCCGGGAGGAGUAUGAGCUCAAGGACCCCACCAAUGGCUACUACAACGUUCGUGCCCACGAGGACCGUCCGUCGUCCCGCUCCGUGCUCUACGCCGAUUACCGCACGCCAGGCCCAGCCCGGUUUGACACGCGCCCACCCUCCCGCCUGUCCCACUCCAGCGCCUACGCUCAGCUCAGCACCUACAGCCGUGGAGGCCCCGCUUCUGAUUACAACCCUGAAGCAACAACAGGCCCAGGCCAAGCUCCUCCUCCUCCUCCUCCUCCUCCUCCUGGUACAACGGGAGGGGAGACGACGAGUCAGCUCUCGUAUGAGAACUACGGGGGGCACGCGGCUUUCCCAGGCGGGGCCGGUUAUGCCACGUACCGGUUGGGUUAUGGGCAAGGCCCCCCCAGCCUGGAGCGAGCUCCUUACGAUGCCUACGACCCCAUGGGCAAGUACACGAGUGCCACCCGCUUCUCCUACACCUCCCAGCACUCGGACUACGGGCAGCGCUUCCAGCAGAGGAUGCAGACACACGUUUGAAAGGGGGAUGGAAGUAGAUGGAAGGGGGGUCCACAGGUACCUCAUGACUGUCCCCUGAUAUUCAGGGGCUCAUCCUGACCCCCCCUUCCCCCUCCUCGUCCUCAUUUCCUCCCUUGGCCUUGUUUCUCCUCUCGGCGGUUGGAUUCCAACCCCCUCACGCCGGGGUUUGCUGGCGGUGGGGAUUUGCCCUGAGUCUCUUUGAGCUUCCACUCAUUCAGUCCUUUCUUUUUGGUACCUUCCCAGAGGAGGGUUUUUUAAGGGGGGUGGGUUCAUCCUCCCUCACUCAUGCCCACCCCAUCCCACUCAGCCUCAGCAGGAGGCUGUCGGGGCAGGCUCUGCAGCCUCCGCUCUGGUCCUUCCCUCCAUGGGUCUGAUCCUUCCCACCAUGGGUCCCCAGCACCCAUAACCUCUACAGGAGCGAGAGGCUGCCUCCCAAACCCUUCCCACACCCCAUCCAGCCCCCUCCCAGGAGCAGGGAGCUGCUGUGUGUGUGUAUAUACGUAUCUGUAUACAGCCACACACACAACAGCCACCUUCUGGUUCUGCCCCCCAAAAGCCCCCAUCCCACCUCAUUCCCUGUGCCUUGAUUGAAGGGACAGCCCCCAGCUCGGGGCCCUUUCCUUCCUCACUAGUCCCACCUGCCAGAGCUACAAGUGAAGGGGAUCUCAGGGGAUUGAGACCACCCCCCCCAGUUCAGAGCAGCAGAGCCCCCUCCUCACAUCCACGUGUCCAUCCCUUCCCUCCCCAGCACCGUAUGCACAUGGAUGUCCAUCCCACUGCUGACCCCAAGCAACAGCCUGUUGGGUGUCCAUCCCACCAGCACCCACUGUGAGGAUGUGACAGGGGUGGGUGAGGGUGAGGGCGAUCCCUCUGAUGAAUGUAUAGCAAGGUGUAGAUAAGGGGUGGAAACACCCUGCAAGCCACCAGCAAGGGUUAACUGCAGCCCCAUCCCAACCCCGAGGGUUUGGUGAAUGUUUUGGAGCCAGUGGCUAUAAACCAAACCAGUCCUGGGGAAAGGGAGCUCAGUCAGUCCCCCAGUUCUGUGCACUGGGAGGCACUGGGCAGGGGGAGAUGAGUAGUGGAGGGGGCUGAUUUCAUUGCCCAUAGGGACGACAUUCAGCUGGCUGCUGCCUCAGCCGUGGAUGGCGUGAGUUUGGGGAGGGAUUCCUGGGGCAGGGUGGGUUUGGGGCUGUAAUCCCUUGGGUUUAGGUACGAAAUACAACACCUCACUGUGUGCCCACCCUGUGAGGUCUGUCCCUGGGAUGGAAAGGGAGGGGGUGACAGAUUUUGCUGCCCCAUCCCACUCCCAGACCCUGGCAGAGUCGGACACCAGUGGGCUGGAUCCAGCCCUGUCCCCAGCAGGUACGAUUUGGAGAGGGUUUGGGAAGGGGUUUGGCAGAUUCAGCCUCAGACAGGGGGGGUCUCCUGCCUCUCCCCCCACUCCUUUCCCCCUAUAAAGGUACUAUCAGGACAGGCCAAACCCUGCAAGGUGCUGAGCCCAUGCCCAGCCUGAGCCUCCAGUCACAGGACUGUGUGCCAUUCCUUUGCAAUGGUGCCUGACGUAACCCCCCCCACCCCUUACACACACCUCCUCCCCCCGACACCCCCCUCUUCCUCACCUCACACCCCCCAGCCCCCUUUUAGGGGAUGCUCCCCCCCUCCAGGUGCUGCACCCCAACCCUUAUUCUCCCCACAUCGAUAGCAAUAGUCCUGCCCCAGCCAUCCCCAGGGAGGGGUGAAAAAGGGGCCAAGAAGCAAAGCUGAAGCUUUAAUUUCAACCCCCCCUCACCCUGGGGUGGGAUAGGGACCCCCCUAAGCCCCCUCCUCAAAGGCAACGGGGUCUCUUCCUUAGCACUGGCUGGUUUAACCCUUUCUCUUCCCUUUAGAGACACAUAUCUGUGAUCCCUCCCCGCCUCCAACCCUCCCAUUUUAUUUUAUUGUUCAUUUUUCCUUUUGGGUUGAUUUUGUUUGUAUUUUUUUGUUGUUUUUAAAUAUUAUGUACUAUAUUUUUAGUC